CCACUCUAAAAAUGUAGGGUUCUUAGUUCUAGAGUAAAUAUCUAGCUAGAGCUAUGGAGGCUUGGGCUGCAGAGAUCUUGGAGGCCGCCAACGAUCCAGGCACGGUGGAGUGGGUGAGAUCGGUCCGGCGCUGCAUUCACCGCAACCCGGAGCUGGGAUUUGAGGAGCACCAGACGAGCGCCCUCAUUCGCAGGGAGCUGGAUGGAAUGGGGAUUCCCUACCGGUGGCCAGUGGCCAAGACAGGAGUGGUGGCGACCAUUGGGAGCGGCGAUCGGCCGAUUGUGGCGCUCAGGGCGGACAUGGACGGUCUUCCGAUCCAGGAGAUGGUGGAGUGGGAGCACAAGAGCCAAGUGGAUGGGAAAAUGCACGCUUGUGGACACGAUGCUCACCUAGCCAUGCUCCUUGGCGCUGCUAGGAUUCUCUCGCAAAGGCGCCAUCUUCUCAAAGGAACGGUGCUUCUUCUCUUCCAGCCAGCUGAAGAAGGCAAAGCUGGCGCUCAAGUUAUGGUCCAGGAUGGAGCUCUUGGAGACGCCGAGGCCAUCUUUGGCUUGCACGUAGCACCGGAAGCUCCGACGGGAAUCAUCGCGCUCCGGAGAGGACCGUGCUUAGCCGGAUCUCGCGCCUUCGAGGCCGAGAUCAAGGGCCGAGGUGGUCAUGCCGGUUGUCCAGAUCACACUGCCGAUCCCAUCGUUGCGGCCUCGUUUGCGGUGAUCAGCUUGCAGCCGCUCGUCUCUCGAGAAAUGGAUCCUCUUGGUAAUCAGGUGAGCAUCUCAACGCUUAUUCGAGUGUUGUUUGUUUGUUUUUUUUUUUCCUUUUCUUUUCUUUUUUCUUUUUUCUUUACAUUUGCGAAGGUUGUUUCUGUGACUAGCAUAAGUGGUGGGCAUACCUUCAAUGUCAUUCCAGAUUCUGUGACUCUUAAAGGCUCGUUCCGCUCCUUCUCCAAAGAAGGCAUGGCUAAGCUUAAAGAGAGAAUCCAGCAGAUCAUCGAGAGCCAGGCAGCUGUUCACAAAUGCACCGCUCGCGUAGUCUUCGAUGGAGACCGCCCGAUGUAUCCAGCGACGAUCAACGACGAUAAAUUGCACGACCACGCAUCCUGGGUCGCAACGUCACUCUUUGGAAGCCACUGCGUACGCAACAUCAAGCCGGUGAUGGCUGCCGAAGACUUCUCGUUCUACUUGGAACGCAUUCCAGGCAUGUUUACUGGCCUGGGGAUUCACAGCGAGGCAAAAGGGACUACUCAUUUCGUCCACUCCGGUCUCUUCCGCAUGGACGAAGACAUGCUCCCCUGGGGAGUAGCGUUCCAAGCAGCCGUAGCCGAAGCAUACAUCAACGAGCUCCAGCCUCCUCUCGGACGGACGUAAACAGCAACACAGCUGACAAAUUCAAGGGCGCGAAUAACCAUGAUAAGUCACGAGCACCAAGAACUCCGUGAUUUAGAACGAAGUAAAUAUCAGACAUUUCCAAGCCAAGGCCCAGCGUCCGAGCUCUCGCAUCCUCUAGAGCUGACACACUCGCAGGAGCCGCCUAGAAACGAUGGUAAGCUCUCCGCGUCGACGAGCUCCAGCAGCCUGGGCACGUAGUUGGUUCCGUGAACUUCGAUCUUCUUCUGGGUUUGCUUGUCGAGCCACGGUUUGACGAUGCUCCAGAGCGCUUUGAAGUAAACCGGCGCGUUGACGAUCACCAUCUUUCCCAGGAACUCGGGGUAAAAAUCCUGGUCGAUCCGGAGGAUGGCUCUCACGAACUGGCGGACCUGUUUGCUUACGUGCUUUACCACCUGGAGGAGCGAGGCAAGAAAAAAGAUGGAAACUUUUACAGCAAACGAGC